AGAGAACUUACCGUCUCCCUUAAUAUGUAUUUUACGUUUUGUACUUUUUAAGAUAAAGAAAACACGACGCGUGAGUUAUUAGGCUUUUAUUUUGAAAAUAUAUCGGAACUAGUUUACACUGGCGAGCUUCACACUCCAGCUCUGCUCCUGUAUCUGAACAGAACAGUGUGUGUGUGUGUCGGCUGUUUAAAGAUGCUAAUAAAACCGUGUGUGAGGCUGUAGAGUGUCAGGAGAGAGGAUCUGCAGGUGUGAGGUGCCGAGUCCCAACAUGAGCAGCCCGACUCUGGUGCAGAUGUGCAUCAGCAAGGUGGCGCAGCACAUGGACCUGCUGGAGGCUCAGGCUGGGGAUUUGCCAGCCUCACUUCUUAAAGACUUGAUACCUCAUCUGAACAUGUACUACCUGCACAGGAUUGAGAAAGCGGCUCAUCUGAAAGGAGUUUCAUGUUCAUCAGCUUGGGCAGCAAAAUGGAAAGAUCUGAAUCGCACAUGGCGCUGGAGGUUAAAGUUUUUGCAGCCAGAGAAAGAAGACUGGAAGCAGAUGUGCUUGGAGAGCUAUUUUCACACGGUGCUGUUCAGAAGGUCGCAAACACAAAGCUCUACAUGUCAUUUUGACAUGACAGACAGUGCCAUCCUUUCGGUGUCGGCCAAGUACGUGCGGGUUCUCUCUCUCUUCACGGUGCACGACGUGCGCAAGUUAGCUUCGGAGGAGCUACGACCCAUCCUGACCACUCUGGAGAAGGAAGUGGAGACACUCAGGUUGCUUGACGCCAAGGUGAUGCUCAGACACAGGAAGUCUGACAUCCUGUUUGUUCUGCACCGCCUUCUCGACCACAGCUCGGUUAAAAAGCUAGUUCUUAAACGGACUCCAGAUUUGGACGCCUUCAGAUGGAUUAUGUCCAGAUGUAAGGGCUCUGACUGGAUCGAUGAGGGUCCUGCAGCAUCCAAACGCCCUCGGCUGCAUCUGCUCAUGGAUGAGACCGUAUACAAUAAGUUCUGUGCUUCAUGUAGUGCUAACGGGAUGUGUCCUGAGGGACAGAUUCACUCAGUGGACUUAGAAGUUUAUUCAUUGACUGCAAUGUCUCGCCUCCUGCCUUCCUGGCUGGGUCUCCGCUCACUGCACCUGUCCACUACUCAACUUGUUUGUGAGAAGGAAGUGAUCGACUUGGUGGAGUCUCUCAGGAAGCUUUUCCUGAACCCACACUGUUCCCUCAAAGACCUGAGCCUUGGUAGCAUGUGUACCCGGGAUCAUUUAGCCAGCUUGCUGAUGUCUUGCCCCACACUACAGACCCUCUCACUGGAGAUCAGCCUGCCGUGGGACUGCAGCACCACACAAAGCGUCCAUUUUACACCAAACAUGCGUCUCUCUCUAGAGAAACUCACCUUGAAGGCAGUCGAGAACCAGACGACUGUAGAAUGUUUACCGGCUGUGCUUCAGCACACUCCAAAUCUCAGCAGCCUGCACAUCACAGGAAUACGCCAGGCUCCCAGCCUACUACACGCCUUGCCAAAUUCGACUCCAUCCCUGAAGGUGCUAAUAUUAGAAGACAUAAACCUGGCAGACUCUCAUGAUGAGAUUAUUUAUCUCCUAGAGAACUCCAUUUUGGAAGAGCUGUCCUUAGAAGACUGCAGGCUACUAGAGAAGUGCACAGAGAGGAAAGACUUUCUGGUUCCAUUUGUAGCAUCUGCAAAGAAACUUUCUUCCCUUCGCUCUCUGUCUCUGUCUCAGAAUCGUCUUGCUUCAAGCGUCACUGAGAUUGCAGAUCUGUUUUUAGGAGAACAUCUUGCCAACAUAAUAAAAUUGGACCUUAGCUCAAACUUCAUCCUUCCUGCUGACCUGCUGGAAUUUAGCCGAAGGAUUGAAGCGUACCAUCCCAUUCGCCGCUUCACACUAGACCUGCGCUUUAAUCCACUCAAUCGUGACCCCGAGGUGAAAGGUCAAGCCCUGCGGAUGCUCCUUCCAUUCUGUGAUGUUCUGACUGAUGAAUGGGACUUCAGAUCAGUCAUGGUGGAUCACGUUAGUGUGAUGUGAAAAGACUUUUAAUGUUAGAUGCACACAGUACUGGGUGUACAACAAAUUAAAAGCAUACAAUGAAAAUUUUAAUUUAACCUCUGAAAAAACAUGAUCUUGAGGGUAUAAGAUUUAAUUUCACUUUUAUAUAUUUAAAAUAUGUUUGGAUAAUAUUUUGGAAUAAAAACAUUGUUUCUAAAGGGUAGCAUUCCUGAGCAACAAAUUCAUUUUGGCGCUGGAGUUACGUUCACUUAUAACCAAUACCAUGUCAUGUACUGUAGGCAUUUUAAUGUGGUUUAAGACAGAAUCUAUAAAAUAUAUAUACUGUACAUUAAUUAAAACUAUGGAAUACCUGUUAGUUUAUUAUAUUUAUUAAAUAUUAUUUUGGACAUUUAUUUGAGUUUUGGGUGACUGGGUCAAAAUUAUUUAAUUAGUUACCACUGAAUCCUUCCUUUAACCAGUUAAGAUUGUGAAAUUAAAUCCCAGGGCUGCAUUUUUGGUCAUUCAAACUUGCACAUGCAAAUACACCUAACUCAUUAUGUCUUUAACAAAACACUGUGCCCUAAGAAUAACUCUAGUAAAUGCUUUUGUCAGUGUAGAGGCUGAUAAGAACAUCACUGCAAAAUGAAUAAUACGGUGUUUCUUGUAUAUAAG